AUGACUAUCUGCCUGCUAAUGGCCCGCAACUUCGUCAAUCUCUUCCGCAUAAAUGGGAUGACAUCUGACAAGUGCAAGUUCUGUGACAGACCAGUGGUGGAUGCAUUGUUUGUUGUUAUAUCAGUCAAUGAAGGCUUGAAAUUUCAGUCCAGGGCCAAAGAUAUAAGAGCCCCGGCAUCAAAAAACAUAUGUGGAUGUCCUAACAGUCAUUCACUGAAGAUAAGCACAAGGGAUAAAAUGGCAAUGAUAACGGGACAUUUCGGGCCAUUCGAUGAUUCAGUUGAGCAAUGGGGCGAUUAUACAGAGCGAUUUGAGUUUUUUGUGAAUGCCAACGCCAUUGACGAUGACUUGAAAGUGUCGACAUUUCUUAGCGUUAUCGGGGCAAAGACAUGUAGUCUACUGAGAAGUUUGGUACGGCCAGGAAAACCCGGUGACAAGUCAUUUGAUGAUAUUGCAAAGAUUCUGGACUCACAUUUUUCGCCUAAGCCGUUAUUAAUAGCUGAAAGAUUUAGAUUUCACAAACGGAACCAGGAAGAAGGCGAGUCUGUUGCUCAAUAUGUAGCGGUACUCAAGAAACUUACAGAAUAUUGUGAAUUUGGUGCUAAUUUGGAUGACGCCUUAAGGGACAGGCUAGUGUGCGGAUUGAGAAGUGAGGGCCUUCAGAAGCGGUUACUCACUGAGGCCAACCUCACAUUGCAGAAAGCGAUUGAGAUAGCCGUGUCUAUGGAGCUGGCUGCUAAAGAAGCACAGCAGUUAGGGGCAGCUGCUAGAGUACACAGAGUGCAAGCAGACUCAAACAAACAAACAGGGGGCACCAAACAGUGUUACAGAUGUGGAAAGAUGGAUCACCAUCCAGCGAAUUGCUGGGCAAAAGAACUCAUAUACCGUAGCUGUGAUUAUCCAGCUCUGAUGGGCAGAUCGUGGCUAGAAAAAGUACAGUUGGAUUGGACCAAAGUGAAUGCUGUGUCUGUUGAACAGUCCGAGUUGAAUUUGGUCCUGAGAAAGCACCAAGCUGUAUUCCAAGAGGAACUGGGGAGUAUAACAGGGAUUAAAGUGACACUCCGGGUGCAACAAAAUUGUCAGCCAAGAUUUUUAAAGGCAAGGAGUGUUCCUUACGCUUUAAGACCUAAGGUGGAGGCGGACAUUGACCGGCUUGUCAAACUAGGAGUCCUAGACCCUGUUUCUCAUUCUGAGUGGGCCACACCUGUGGUUCCGGUGGUCAAGUCUGAUGGAUCUGUACGAUUAUGUGGGGACUUUAAGGUAACAGUUAACCCUGUACUCAUAGCUGAGCAAUACCCCUUUCCUGUGAUUGAAGAUAUUUUUGCUGGAUUAGCUGGGGGAAACAAAUUUAGUAAAAUAGACCUCAGCCAAGCAUACUUGCAAAUGCAUGUAGAUGAGGACUCACAAAAGUACCUCACCAUAACAACACAUAAAGGGCUGUACCGUUAUUGUCGUUUACCCUUUGGAAUUACUUCAGCACCAGCGUUAUUUCAGCGUGCCAUGGAUCAGAUCCUUAGUGAAUUACCAGGGGUACAGUGUUACCUGGAUGACAUCCUGGUCACAGGGCGAGAUGACAAGGAGCACAUGGCCAAUCUGGAUAAAACCUUAAGCAGGCUAGAAAAGUAUGGGCUGCGUGUAAACAAGGAGAAAUGUGACUUUUUCAAAAUGUCUGUGGAGUACCUAGGACAUGUUAUUGAUUCUGAGGGGUUGCACACAGCUCCUUCAAAAGUGAAGGCAAUAGUAGAUGCCCCUGCUCCAAGCAAUGUCAGCCAACUGAGAUCAUUCUUGGGUCUCGUGAACUAUUAUGGGCGUUUCAUUCCACAGCUAGCAACGUUGUUGAAACCACUCCAUGAGUUGCUGUGUGAGAGUAGACCCUGGAAAUGGUCACAGGAGUGUGAAACGACAUUUAGCAAAACCAAGGCCGCGCUGGCUGAUAAAAGAGUUUUAACACAUUUUGACCCAUCCUUACCAAUUCAGUUAGCUUGCGAUGCAUCCCCUUACGGUGUUGGGGCUGUGGUGUCGCAUAUUAUGUCAACAGGUGAGGAGCGACCAAUUGCAUUUGCGUCAAGAACAUUGAGUAAAACUGAAACAAAAUAUCCUCAAAUUGAAAAAGAGGCUUUAAGCAUCAUUUUUGGAAUAAAAAAAUUCCACACUUACCUCUUUGGUCGAAAAUUUACCCUGCUAACAGACCACAGACCUCUCACGUCUAUUUUUGGCUCACACACUGGUGUACCAUCUAUGGCAGCAAGCAGACUGCAGCGCUGGGCAUUGCUUCUUGGGGCUCACAAUUAUGAGAUCAAAUACAGGCGUUCGGAGGCACAUGGAAAUGCAGAUGGUUUGUCAAGACUUCCCCUACCUGACCAACCCAGAGAACAAGGGCAAAAGAUUUUUUACUUUAAGAUGGUGGAAAAUGCACCUAUCACUGCCCACCAGAUUAAGCAAGAAACCAAGGGUGAUUAUACACUGUCAAAACUACUCACCUGCAUUCUUAAAGGGCAGGACCUUAGCACCCUUAAUGCACUGCCUGAUGUUCAGCCUUACCUUUCACGGGGAAAGGAGCUAUCUGUGACAGCAGGAUGCCUCAUGUGGGGCAUGCGAGUAAUUAUACCACAAAGGUUGAGGAAACCCAUUCUGGAUGAGUUACAUCUUGGACACUGUGGUAUAGUCCGAAUGAAAGAGCUAGCCCGGAGUUAUUUUUGGUGGCCUGGACUGGAUCGUGAUAUUGAGGAAAAGGCAAAUUCAUGUUCAUCAUGUCAAGGCCUCAGAAAUAUGCCAAGUCCAGCACCAUUGCAUCCAUGGGAAUGGCCUGCUAGUCCUUGGCAACGCGUUCAUUUAGAUUUUGCAGGACCUGUAGAGGGUGUUAUGGUUCUGGUCGCAGUGGAUGCACAUUCUAAGUGGCCUGAGAUCACUGUCAUGCCCGACAUCACAUCAGAAAAGACAAUCCAAACCUUAAGAGAGAUGUUUGCACGUUUUGGACUGCCAGAGCAGAUCGUGACGGAUAAUGGGCCUUCUUUUGUAUCCCAAGAAAUGGAAGAAUUCCUAAAAGGUAAUGGUAUUAAACAUCUCCUAUCCAGCCCUUAUCAUCCUUCAACUAAUGGCCUGGCUGAAAGAAUGGUGCAAACCCUUAAACAUGCUCUUAAAGCAUCCAAAAGUGAAGCACCUUUCAAACAACGUCUUUAUACCUUUCUUCUUAAAUAUCGUAACACACCCCAUGCAACAACAGGUAUGUCACCAGCUGAUCUGUUCCUAAAAAGGCAGCUGAGAACACGUCUUGAUUUGUUGAGACCAGCUACCACUCAAAUGAGAGUUUAUGAUAAGCAGCACGAUCAAGUAAAACAACGUGCCAAGCGGGCUAAAGAUCGUGAGUUUUUCAGUGGAGAUGCUGUCCUUGCUCGUAACUAUUCCACCACUGAGAAAUGGGUACCAGCAACCAUUCUUCAAAAGACUGGACCUGUCUCUUAUAAGGUAUGCACACGAGACCACCAGACAUGGAGACGACAUGUUGAACAGCUGUUACCCUCUAUACCUGUUGAAGAAGCCGGUAGCACAGAAACGUCUGAGGAACCUAGUUUUAGUGAGUUGAUCCAAAGCCAGCCAGGAAUACCACCUGACUCUCCUGUUUCAAUUCCUGCCGAUGCUGUCGUGCCAAGGUUACCUGAGGUUGCCUUAGGGGAUGAACAUACCUCAGCUGUACGACGUAACCCUCUCAGAAGCAGGAAGCCUCCUGACCGUCUUAACUUAUGA